UUUGACUUUCUAAUGUUCUACCUCGUUCCCUCAGUAAUUCCUCAUACAUAUAAUACUUAGUAUAACACAAAAUGAUGAUGAGCAACAAAAAAAUUAAAUUCUUAUCAUUUACAGAAUAUGGAGUCCCAGACUUCCACACGAGAGAAGGAGUCUCUCAAUCUCAGGGAAGUCCCAGAAGCAGAUAAAACCUUGGGCUUGGACAUGGCCAAGGGCAGCGCAUUCUGCAAGAUGGGUGAAGGUUGGACAUGCAUCAUAACUAAAACUGAGGGGCCUGAUGCUGGCAAAGUUUUCGUUAAAUGUGGUGAAAAUUGCACCUGUACCAUUGAGGGCGAAGCAGUGUCCCAAGAAUUGAAUUUGCCACCUGAUGUUGUGAGCAGCAGUGGCAGUGGAGCAUUCUGCAAGUGUGGUGAAGGGUGGAGUUGUGUCAUUUUCAGGACUGAAGGCCCUGAUGCAGGCUCUGGCAAGGGCUUUGCUGAAUGCGCUGGACAGUGUUCUUGUACUAUUGAUGACAAAUCCACCUAAGAUAAACGAUGAGUGCAUCUAUGAUAUAAUCUGAUGGUUAUUUUUCUCUUGAUUCUGCUACAGGUUUGUAAAAUUAAUUGUAUUGAAGAAGGGGACAAUUAUGAUCAGUAGUAUGUGUGGUCAAGUGUAUGUAUGAUAUAUAUACUAUGAUGGUUGGUUUACUUCCACUUUGAUACAUGUUUGUAACAUAAGUUGUAUGGAAGAAGUGAGUGAACCAUCUUCAGUAUAAUGUGUGAUCAGUAAUAAAGGAAAUGAAGGGACUGCCAUGACUAUUAUGCUUGAUCA